AUGUAUGGUUUAAGACUCGUUCAAUUUUCUACGGACUUUUCUAAUCACACGGCUGCCUCGUUGACAGGCAAGAAGACGACGAAAGGCAAGAAGACGACGAAAGGCAAGAAGACGACGAAAGGCAAGAAGACGACGAAAGGCAAGAAGACGACGAAAGGCAAGAAGACGACGAAAGGCAAGAAGACGACGAAAGGCAAGAAGACGACGAAAGGCAAGAAGACGACGAAAGGCAAGAAGACGACGAAAGGCAAGAAGACGACGAAAGGCAAGAAGACGACGAAAGGCAAGAAGACGACGAAAGGCAAGAAGACGACGAAAGGCAAGAAGACGACGAAAGGCAAGAAGACGACGAAAGGCAAGAAGACGACGAAAGGCAAGAAGACGACGAAAGGCAAGAAGACGACGAAAGGCAAGAAGACGACGAAAGGCAAGAAGACGACGAAAGGCAAGAAGACGACGAAAGGCAAGAAGACGACGAAAGGCAAGAAGACGACGAAAGGCAAGAAGACGACGAAAGGCAAGAAGACGACGAAAGGCAAGAAGACGACGAAAGGCAAGAAGACGACGAAAGGCAAGAAGACGACGAAAGGCAAGAAGACGACGAAAGACAAGAAGACGACGAAAGACAAGAAGACGACGAAAGACAAGAAGACGACGAAAGACAAGAAGACGACGAAAGACAAGAAGACGACGAAAGACAAGAAGACGACGAAAGACAAGAAGACGACGAAAGACAAGAAGACGACGAAAGACAAGAAGACGACGAAAGACAAGAAGACGACGAAAGACAAGAAGACGACGAAAGACAAGAAGACGACGAAAGACAAGAAGACGACGAAAGACAAGAAGACGACGAAAGACAAGAAGACGACGAAAGACAAGAAGACGACGAAAGACAAGAAGACGACGAAAGACAAGAAGACGACGAAAGACAAGAAGACGACUCCAGCAGUUGCGCUGGCAGCGCGGGCGGCAGAGAGCAAUAACCCGCUGUCCUCAGCGAUGCAGGAAGCGCUGAGAACGCCAAGGAGGCCGGCAGCGAACGACCUCUAG